AUGCUACUGAGCGAUGCUGGCUUUUCCUUGCAAAGUCACGCAACCAGUCAGGGCUUCUUCGGGUCGUCUGAGAGGGCCACGGAGCUCAUGCCCUGGAGCGAUGUGCAACGAGUGUCCGUUUCUGACCCCAAUGCCACGCCCAGCCAGAGCUCCAAGCCGACUCGACAGAGCAACAACCUUUUUGAGGCAGAGCUCCAGCUUUCCAAGCCACCAGGCCGCCUGAGACUGCAGUUUGGUGCUGCGGGGCCAGCGCAGGUCCUUCAGCAGCUAUGGCAACAAUCAUCGCAAGGCGUUUCACCACCGCUACCGGGAAUGGACGUCCUGCUGGAAGAGCUGGGCAUCACUAAAGGUUCACCACCUUGCCCGACUCGAUCACUGUAUGCGGCUUCCCUUCCAGAUGGAGCAACCAUUGAAAAGGUGCGGCAGAUGUUCAGCACCAAUGGUCCCAGCAACCCAAUUCUCAGGCUCCAUGCAAAGAUGGGCGCCCAGAACAUGGUGGAGCGAGACUGGGAACCUCUGGCUGGUGGGCUUGUCAAGUGCUUGCAUUUCGUGCAGCCUUUGAAGCCCCAACCCAUGGCACCAGAGAAGACUCGGGUGUCCUUGGUCUACUUCCUUUGUCCUACACAGGGUUCACAGGUGGUCCUGCAGAAGGUGACCAGGGCUCUGGACAUUCCAUAUGCGAACUCGUUCCGCGUACACCAUGAGCAUAUCUUUUCGGAGGCGACUGCUGAGACGAAGCCGCAGGUUACAGUCGACCUCGCGCUCGGCAUCAAUUGGGUUGACAGGUGUUUUGUCAAGCAGAUCAUCGAGAGCAGCACUCGGAGAGAGACCUUAGAAAGCAUGCAGGACUUCAUGGAGUGCAUGAACGAGACGCUGCUUGUGUAG